UGCCCCGGAAGGGCUUGGCGCGGGGAGGCCCCCAACAUGGCGUGGUGGUGCUGGGCCCGCGCUCGGGGCCCACGGCCGCACAGACUGACAGUGCUGCUGGAGCAGCGACAGGGCUUCCGCCGAGCACGGCCGCGGGCCGAGGAGCCCUCUGAAGCCGCCGCUGCCGAGGCGCGGCCCGGCCCACCGGCCCCACGUCGCAGUCUCUGCCCGCCGCCUCCACGGGCCAGCGCUGGCCGCCCCUCGCCAGGCCGCCUGGUCAAGCCUUUCCUUUUCGCGGUGGGGUUCACAGGCUCUGCCUUUGGAUCUGCUGCCAUCUGGCAGUAUGAAUCGCUCAAGUCUCGGGUCCAGACCUAUUUUGAGGAAGCUCGAGCAGACUGGUUGGAUAAAAUACGGCCACAGAAGAGAGGAGACUUCAGAAAGCAGGUUAACAGCUGGUGGAAUAACCUGACUGAGGGUCAGCGGACUGUGACAGGUAUUAUAGCUGCAAAUGUCUUUGUGUUCUGUUUAUGGAGGCUGCCUGGCAUGCGACGGAUUAUGUUUACAUAUUUCACCUCAGAUCCAUCCUCCAGAGCCCUGUGUUCUCCCAUGCUGCUCUCUACAUUCAGUCACUUCUCUCUAUUCCACAUGGCAGCAAAUAUGUAUGUUUUAUGGAGCUUUUCCAGCAGCAUUGUCUCUCUUCUGGGAUGUGAGCAGUUCAUUGCAGUGUAUCUUUCUGCUGGGGUUAUCUCCUCUUUUGUCAGUUAUGUUGCUAAAAUGGCCACUGGAAGGUUUGAACCAUCCCUUGGAGCUUCAGGAGCUAUAAUGACUGUCCUUGCAGCUGUAUGCACAAAGAUGCCAGAAGCAAAACUAGCCAUCAUAUUUCUUCCAAUGGUCACAUUCACAGCAGGAAGCGCUUUAAAAGCCAUAAUCGCGUUUGACACUGCAGGGCUUGCUCUAGGCUGGAGACUUUUUGACCAUGCUGCACAUCUUGGAGGAGCUCUCUUUGGAAUGUGGUAUGUGACUUAUGGCCACGAGCUCAUCUGGAAGAACAGAGAACCACUGGUGAAAGCUUGGCAUGAAAUGAGGACAAAGAACACAGGAAAGGGAGGAAGAUCUAACUGAUUCUAAUCCGAGAGAUACCUUCUGCCCAAGUGCUAUAUUACUUGAAGACAUGGGAUUGAAUUGGGUUUGAAGGUCUUUUUACUACUCCACAUUAGGCCUCUGAGGAGCUGAGGUUUCUAAUGUAAAGUACAGUUGCAAAAAUUGCCAUGGGUAGAAAGAGAACUCCAAGGUGGAACAAUAAAGGUUUUUAUCCUGUUGCUUUUUGAGGUAACAGUCUGCAUUUCAUUUUUUAAAAAAAGAAUUAAAAAGUGCUUUUCAAGGAAGUGACCAAAAGCUCUGUCCCAAAACCUUCAAAAAUGGGGUGGUACAACUGGUUAAUACUUAGGAACAUAAACAUUUUUAAAACUGAGGAAGUUAAUGGAUCAUGUAUCCCCCCCUAAUGUCCACCAGACCACACUAGGUGCUUUCCUAGGUGUGCUUUAGACAGGCUGGACUCAACACAAGGCUAAUGUGGUCUUAACUGUUGAAAAGAUUGGGUGAGAUAAGCCAAUGGUCUCUUUUGAUCUUAAGUUUGAAUUACAUGAAGCAAUUCUGGAUUGUCUACCAGAGCUUGCAUGCAGGUUUAUGGUCCAGCUUUAUUCAUCAGCUGUGGCUUAUGCACCCUGUGUUUUUCAUUUCUAUGUGCUUCCAGGAUGCUGUUAGAUCUUGUUAGAAUUUACUACACUACCUUUUCAUAAUUGUGUGCAGUGGAAGAAUGACUUACAGUGUGGGCUUGGAUAUUUUACCAUGAGUUAUACUGCUUUCUGUAAGCUUUCACUGCAUUAAUGUGGGUUUUUUUCUUUUCAAGAUGUGCUGUAUUGCUAAUUUCCUUUAAGGGCUUUUCUAAAAAGUUUAAAAGCAGUAGCAAGUGGUUCAGAAUGUGCCAGCUCUAGAAAAAUGAGCAGCUUCCGCAAAAACGCUUGAGGGGCCUGAGAUCUGUAACCUGAAGUAAGUACUCACGUAAACCUGUGGGUAGUACCAUGACCAGUGUUCCCAUUAUACAAAUAAAAAGAGUAGCUGGGUGUUUGGUAUGCUCUUACCCUGUGUGUAUCUUGCAGGCUGGACUACCCAACCCCUUGUGAAGGGGCUGAGGAGGCUGCCCACAUGUGAGCUGGCAGGCUCAAAUGCUGAAUUCUCCCAUGUGAUAGCCAUUUCUGAUGGACUGACUUGCCAAAGAACACACUGCAUCUUUAAGAAGCCACUUGUGCCCUUUUACUUUACAGCAGUGCCUUGCAGAACAUACAUUUCCUGCAGGGAGAAAGAAUAGACACUACUGGAUGGCACCAGUUGUAAUAAAUGGAGUACAAAAUUGCUGU